CAUGUUUAUCUACACAUAAACAUAACAAUAUGUAAUUAACUUAAACGCAAAUAUUUAUGUAUCUCAUAGUCACUUAAUUUAAUAUUUUGUAAGUGUAUAUACAUAAAUAUUUUACAUAAAUUUUUAUAUUAAUAUCUUUGGUUUGAAGACAGGUGUCAAACCAUUACAAAACUGCCAAAACUCAAAUGAUAACAACUGUUGACAUUAGUGAAGUAUGGCACUGAAAUAUAUAAAUGUUUAUUUUAUUAUUACCACUCUUCUGUUAUAAUUUCUCAUGAUUAUACUAUAAUUUUCGAAACAUGAAAGGUUUUGUUAAUUAAUAUUAAACAAGAUAAUUUUUUGAUAGCAUUUUGCAAAAAUAUGAAAUAAUUUCUUAUUAACAAUGGUGUCCAGAUUUCACCCAUAUCAUGGUGCUAAUAUAGUUUUAUGUGAAGAUAAUACAGUAGCAUAUCGUAAAACUAGCUUUGCAAAUGCUCUAACUUUUAGUGAAAAACCUUUAAUGCCUGGAGAAAUAUUUCUCUUACAAAUUGAAAAAAAUGAAAGAGGUUGGAGUGGACAUAUGCGUCUUGGAUUAACACAACUCGAUCCUCAAACAGCUGCGAGUGAUGGUGGAUUACCACAAUAUGCUCUGCCAGAUUUGGCAAACAUGGGCACAUCUUGGAUAUAUCCAAUAACAAAGACGCAUAAUAAUGUAUUGGGAUACGCCAAUCCUACUAUGAAUGGUGAAACCCGAUGCUCAGUUCUCGGACAUGGGCAUAAUGUUCACACAUCUAGAGGUGUCAUACCCAGAAGUAGUCUUAAGCCUUUGGCUAAAGGUGGCAAACCUCAAGAUAUUUUACCAACGGAUACUGGUAGCAGAAUUGGAGUAAUGUACGUUGUAUCAGCAGAUGAUAAAAGUUUAGCUGAAAUGCAUUUCAUAAUAAAUGGGGAAGAUCAAGGUGCAUGUACAAGAGACAUUCCAUAUGAUACUCGACCACUGCAUGCUGUAGUUGAUGUUUAUGGAACUACUAAAGAAGUCAAAAUUGUGCAGUUAUAUGGAGUUACAUCUCUUCAAAGCGCUUGUCGAGAGGCUAUUCUUCAACACUUAAAUUCAAGAGCUGUGAAUACUUUACCUUUGCCUGAGAAAUUAAAGAAAUAUUUACUAUAUAGAUUGUAGUAAAUACUCUAAUAUAUAACAUAAAAAUAACAGAAAACAAUUAGAAUAAUAUUUGAUCUGAUUAUUUUUAAUGCAUAAUUACCACACAAAAAUAAUUAUGCUCUGACUUUUAAUGUACAAUUAUAUUUUGUUAGUGUAUAUUAUUACGUUAUAAAUAUCUGAUGAUCAGCAACAGUGGAGAAAUUUGUAUUGAAUGUAAAUAUAAUAAUGUCCUAGUUCAUAACAUGAAUAUGUAUCUAGAAUUGUACCUUUAGGUAGAAGCCAUUCAUUGAUUUAAUACAAAAUCAAGC